AUAAAUGUCAAAAUAUUGACCAAACAAUUUAUUUAUUUGGGAGGAAGAUUGAUUUUGAAAUAGAAAUCGAGUUCAGCUUUUAAAACUAUGAGUAAUUCAAUAAUAUUUCAAAAACAAGUACGUGAUAAUUCAACGGAUCUACAUUCGUAUGUGAAAGAAUUAUCUUGUUGGGAAGAAGAAAUGAAACGGAAAGAAGUUUCCAGAGGGGAUCUUAAAGAUCCUGAGGAUUUACCACCAGUUCGAAGUAAAACUAUACGAAAAUCUACAAACAGUCCAAAAACCCCAAAUCGAAUUCGAGCAACUGAUUAUUCAUCAUGGGAUAAAUUUGAUGUGGAUGCUGCUUGCCAGGAAAUUGACGAGGAAAUUAAACCACUUUCACCAGAGGAAUUAGAAAUGAAAAAACAGAGAGCUUAUGUUGAAAAAGAAAAUGGAAAUAAAUUUGUUAAAAAUCAAAAUUGGACAGAAGCUGUUAAAUGUUAUACAAAAGCGAUCAAAGCUUACGAUUCGGAUCCAGUUUUUUACGCAAAUCGGGCACUUUGUUACCUCAAAUUAAAAGAAUUCGUAAACGCUGAAAUCGAUUGUACAAAUUCUUUACGUCUAGAUUCAACGUACGUAAAAGCAUUACAACGACGUGCAGCCGCUCGAAUACAAUUAACACAAUUAAAUGAAGCACUAAAAGAUUUAACAAAAGUUAUGGAAUUGGAACCGAAUAAUCGUGAAUCGUUAAGUGAAAUCACUAAAUUAAAAGCAAAAUUGAAAAUCGUAGAUCAACCAAAAUUUAAAACAUCUACUACUGCGGCAACUAAUAAAAUAGAAACAAUAACGAACUCAGAGAGAAAAAUUGAACAACCUAUUUUGGGCGUAAACGAUAAAGUUCAACAACCAAUAACAGAAAAAUUAGAAACUGUAAUAAAUCAAUCAAAUAAAAUUGAAACUCUUACAGAAUCAGUGCCUUCUAUUAAAAAUACAAUUCCAGAGAAGAAAAUGAAUAAAAUUGAAGAGAAACAAAAUAUAAUUUGGGACGAUUUAAAUAAUCGUAUUUUAAUUCGACCUAUUGUUAAACCACCUCAUUUACGAUCUAAGAAACCUUUAAAACGCAUUACAGUUGAAGAAAUUGAUGAAGUGACCAAGAAAGAAAUCGAGGUCGAAAAAUCAAUAAAUGAUAUAGAAGAAAUUCGUAAUGAACCACAAACAAAUACCGUACAAGAAAUUAAUAAAUCCAUACCUAAUAAUGAAAUUAAUAUUAACACACUGCCAUUACCGAAAACAUGUUUACAGUUUUCGACAGUUUGGAAAAAUUUAGGAACGGAUUUAAAAUUAAAAUUUCAAUAUUUUACGAAAAUUGAAUAUAAAGAUCUAUCAAAUCUAUUUCAAGAAUUCUUAGAAAGUGAUCUAUUUUUUGAUAUUUUAAUGGUGUUAAAAAUAUUUUGGAUAAAUUAA